AUGAGCCGAGCCGACACGCUGCACCAGCGCACCACCUACCUCAUCUCCCUCACCCUGGUCAAGGUAGAGGCUGUGGAAGAACAUGGAGGGGAGCAGGCCAGGUCAAUCACCCAGGGGAGGGAGGCUGGGGAUGGGGCUGGGGUGGAGACGGGACUUCCCUUCUCCCCAGAGGACAACCAGGCAGAUGUUGCUGUCCUGGAGGGUGGAAAAGGUAGUGAACUCAAGAAGGAGGAGAGGAAAUCACCCAGUUUCCCCUCAAGAGACAAUGAACCUUUUGUGGGCGAUGUUCCUCCUAAAAAAAGUGACGAGUUACCAGACGGAGACAACAUUAUUAUCUCCUCCACUGUUGACAAUGUCAAGACUGAAACGUUAACGGGUGGAGAGGAUGCAGCAGGGGAGAAAGAGGAAAACCAGACGACAACAGUCACCUCAAAAGUGCUAACGUGCAGCACAGCUACACAGCAGACCUCAACAUCUGUGGAGGUAGCAGUCGACCCCAACCGCACCCCGACCGGGAGCAGUAUCCCUGUACGCACGGGAGAUCAGCAUCCAGGGUCCGUGCUGAAAGCCCACAGCCCAUUGGCCAGCCCUGUGACCAGCCGCCGGGAGGCCAAGCGAAGCCCCUCGGCAUCCCAGAGCCUGGGUAGCAGAGACGGCAGAAUCCCAACCCGGUCCCCUGGUCUUUGUCGGGCCUCCUGGGCUGAGAGUGGUGAGGGUCGGGCCAGAUCUCAGGGUCAGGGAUGUAGGGAUGAAGCUGGAGAUGGAGCAGGGAAUCAAGAACAAGUGACUGAUGAAGCUGGGGACAAAGCUGGUACACAAGAGGGAAGAGGAGGAGCGGUUGCAAAACGAGACAAUCCCAGGAUGGAGAGACUGAAGAACAGUUCCGCUUCUCUACCUGCUCCGGUCACCCUAGUCCCCAAGCCCCCACGCAGGGGCUACAGCUGUACCUUGGAUGACACUGACCCUAACAGCCAGGCAGAGGACCUCUGUGUGGGCAGAGAGAACAGCCAGAUACAGCCUGGUCCCCACAACCAGCAGGGACAAAAGGGCUCUGCUCGAGAUCGUAAGAUGCUCAAGUUCAUCAGUGGGAUCUUCACCAAAAGCAGCAGCCCUGUCUCUGUCUCAGCCACAACUUCCUCUAAUACAGCAACACCUCCCCCUGUCUGCAAUAUACAGAGAGAGUCCAGUGAGGAGGACGCAGCUAGUUGUGCAAAUAGUCAAGAGUGGACCCUGAGUCGAUCCAUCCCAGAGCUCCGUGUGGGGCUGCUGGGAAGUCUUCAGAGUGGCAGGUCAGCAUUGGUAAAUAGAUACAUAACAGGCAGCUAUCUUCCUCUAGAGAAGAUUGAAGGGGGGAGGUAUAAGAAGGAGGUGUUGGUAGAUGGACAGAACCAUCUACUACUCAUCAGGGAGGAGGCUGCGCUUCCUGAUGCACAGUUCAGCAGCUGGGUGGAUGCAGUGGUCCUUGUAUUCAGUCUGGAGAAUGAGGCCAGCUUCCAGGAGGUGUACAAACUUUAUAGCCAGCUCAACACACUCCGCAGCACUGCCGAAAUCCCACUGGUUGUGGUUGGCACACAAGACAAAAUCAGCAGUACCAACCCGCGUGUGAUUGAGGACAUACGUGCCCGGCAGCUAUGCGUUGAUGUGAGGCACUGUGUGUUCUAUGAGACUUGCGCCACCUAUGGGCUCAACGUGGACCGGGUUUUUCAGGAGGCUGCCCAGAAGAUAGUCACACAGAAAAAGCAGUCUGCCCUACUGGCCUCCUGUAAGUCUCUUCCCAACUCCCCCAGUCACUCUGGGGGCUCCACACCUGGGUCAACAUCCUUCCCUGGACAGGCUAGUAAUGGAGGACUGAGUAGUAACUACCCCUCCUCCCUACCCUCUACCCCUGUGAUCAGCCAUAGAGAGCUGCGGGGUGGGGCGGGGACGGGGGUUGGGGCAGGGGGAGAGGGGGGCGGCAGUGUCACCUCCUCGGGUUCCCUGAGAAACGUCCCUCAACGACGGACCUCCCUGUUCAAGAACCGUCGAGGCAGUGGCAGUGAAAAGAAUGUUGACCCUAAAGGUGACUUGGGCAGUGGCCGGGCUAUCACUAUCAAGCAGAGUAUCCUAUGGAAGCGGAGUGGGAGCUCGCUGAACAAAGAGUGGAAGAAGAAAUAUGUCACUCUGUCCAGCAACGGCACACUGGGCUAUCACUCCAGCUUCAAUGACUACAUGCAGAAUGCCCACGCUAAAGAGAUCGACCUAUUGCGUGUCACAGUGAAGGUUCCAGGGAAACGCCCACCCAGGGCUGUCCCCCCUUGUGGACCCUCCCCCUCCCCUGGACUCAACGACGUAGUCAAAGUCACUGGGGCCACGGAGAGCGACAGUGCCCCACUGUUGCCACCCAGCCUUGUGCCUGUAGAAGAACAGGCUGGGGCAUUGGCUCCUCCAGCAGAGAGUGGGGUAAAAUGCUGUCCAUCGUCACUGUCCAGCAAGUCACACAGUGCUGAAGCUAUUGAAGGAGUAACCAGUCUCCCUUUUGGAAAAGACGGUCAGUCCUCUCCAAUGAUUGACAGAAAGAAGAAAACAAGGAAGAAGAGUAUGAACCAGAAAGGAGACACAGCCAUUGGACAGGCUGAAGCCAAGCGCAAAAUGUGGAAAUUAAAAAGCUUUGGUAGCUUGAGAAAUAUUAACAAGACAGAUGAGGAGAAUGUUGACUUCAUCAUCGUGUCCAGCACGGGGCAGACAUGGCACUUUGAGGCCCAGACUCUAGAGGAAAGAGACUCCUGGGUGGCGGCCAUAGAGAGCCAGAUCCUCGCCAGCCUGCAGUCCUGUGAGAGCCUUAGGAACAAGGCACGGAGGAGCAGCCAGAGUGAGGCAGUAGCAAUACAGGCCAUCCGCAAUGCCAAGGGCAACAGCCUCUGUGUGGACUGCGAAGCACCAAACCCCACAUGGGCCAGUCUCAACCUGGGUGCGUUGAUCUGCAUUGAGUGUUCAGGGAUCCACCGUAACCUUGGGACACACCUAUCGAGGGUCCGCUCUCUGGACUUGGAUGACUGGCCUCGGGAGCUCACCCAGGUCCUGACCGCCAUCGGCAACCACCUGGCCAAUAGCAUCUGGGAGAGCCACACCCAGGGCAGACCCAAACCCACCCCGAACGCCACACGGGAGGAGAGAGAAUCAUGGAUCCGUGCCAAAUACGAGCAACGGGUGUUUGUGGCACCCCUGCCUGCUCCAAGCUCCACAGGCCCAGGGGACACUGCUAUGUCUGUGUGUCUGCUGUCAGCGGUGACAGAAAGGGACUUGCCCAGGCUCCUACUACUCCUGGCCCACAGCAACAAGGACCAGAUCAACACUGCCCUGUCCACUGGAGGAGCACCCUCACAGACACAGCCUCACACUGUCCUGCACGCUGCCUGUCAGCUGGGGGAUGUGGUCAUGACACAGCUGCUAGUCUGGUAUGGAAGUGAUGUGAAGGCCAGGGAUCCCCAGGGCCAGACAGCCAUGACCAUGGCCAGAAAGACUGGGAGCAAAGAGUGUGCUGACAUCCUGCUGCAACAUGGCUGUCCUAACGAGGUCUCCCCCGUCUCCCCCACUGGACCCACGCUUGGUCUCUCCCGUAGAUCUAGCACUGCCAGCCUCAGCAGCCUGGGUCGUACCAAUUCCAGGAGAAGGGUUUCGUAGCUUUAAGAGGCCAUGGUAGCAAACAUACAAGGGCUGGUGAAAAAAAGCAAAUAACUAUGGAUGUAGUGUUUAAUGAUGAGCGAUUAGUGCUUUUUGAGGUCGUUUCGGGUUUAAUUAUAAAAAUAAAAAAACACGGUUUGCGAUUUCGAUUAUUAUUAAUUUUUUUUACAUUAAA